AUGUAUUACAAUACCCACGAUAUAAAUCCAAGAUUUCUAUCUAGAGCUAUAUUCACAGUACAUGCUUACAGACUUUUGGAAAAACCAUCCCUUUUGACACUAGAUAAUAUAAGAAAAGCUUGUAUUCUUGGGUGGUGUCAUAGAAUGAUAGAUAUUUCGAUAAUUAUAGAUGACGAUAUCGCAGAUGACUCUAAAAUACGUUACAACAAACCAACUUGGCACCAGCUCGACGAAGUAGGAAUAAACAACGCUAUUCUUGAUGCCGCUUUCAUAGAAUCCGCCGCUCACUUCCUAAUCAUCAACCAUUUUUCCAAUCAUCCCCAAUACGUUAACAUCCAUAGAGAAUUAUUAGGCUCUUACGCCCAUACUAAUGUGGCUCAAUUGCAUGAAAUUAAAAAACCGUUGUAUUUGGCAAAUAUUGUUGAUACAGACGCUCAUGCUGCUUCCAAACAAAUAUGUUUGGAUAUGGCUCGUUUCCAAAAGAUCGAUGACGACGUAAAAGGGAUAAUGACUCCUUUCAGUGAGAAGCUGAAAGAAUGUACGGAUAUUUCAGAAGGUAGGACUUCCUGGUUGGCGAUUGAAGCUUAUAAAAGAAGCAACGAAGCGCAAAGGAAAAUCUUACGUGAUCACUAUGGUAAAAAUAAUCAAAAUUCGGUGGAUAAAGUUUAUAAUCUGUUCGAGGAAUUACGUCUAGUUGAAGUUUAUGAAAAUCUAAGGGAGGAAUUUUAUGAAAAAACCUACUCAAAAAUAUAUGAACUACCUAAAAUGUUACCACCUCAAUUGUAUAUAGAUUUAUUAAAUUAUAUUAUGAGUGGAAAUUAUCUAGUAUAA